AUGAUGACAAGUCUUUAUAAGAUUGAAAAUCUUGAAAAUCUUUUACAAUGUACAAUUUGUCUUGAACGCUUUCAAAUACCAAAAGUUCUUGAAUGUCAACAUACUUUUUGCUUAGAAUGUUUACAAAACAUUUAUGAUUUACAAAAUCAAACAUUAACAUGUCCAACAUGUCAACGAAAUAUGAAAUUAACUGAAAAUCUUAAUGAAUUACCUAAUAAUAUUUUAAUAAUAAAUUUAAUGGAUAUUCAACCAAUAAAGGCUAAAUGUUCAUCAUGUCAAAAAAUAGAAAUUUUAACAUUAUGUGAAUAUUGUAAUUCACCAAAAUGUACAAAUUGUAAUGAAAAACAUGUUGAUGAUAUGCGACAAUCGAUUAAAACAACAUUGGAAGAAUUAGAAAAUACAAAUCAAAAUGAAUUAAAAAUUUCUAUUCAUAAUUCUUUUAAAGUUAUACGAAAUGAAAUAAAUAAUCAAUUUCAAAAUAUUCGUCAACAACAUGAUUCACAUUUACUAAAAAAACAAAUCGAUAUACUUAAAAAACUUGAAUCCUAUGAACAAAAUUUAUUAACACAAAUAGAACAUGAUCUUCGAUUUCUCGAACAAUCUAAACUUGAAAUAAUUCGAAAUAAUGUUCAUAUUAAUAGGAAAACUGAAUCUGAAUUAAUCAAUUUAUUAACAAUAGCAUCUGAUGUUCAAUACCAUUUGACAGAAAAAAUUACUCAAUAUGUGUCUUAUAUAAAUUCACUUGAAUUAUCUUUACAAUAUGAUCAAAGUCAAACGAAUGAAAUUAAUCAAUUAUGUGAUAGUUUUCAAUUGAAUAUCUCUGAUGAAGAUGAAAAUUCAAAAUUAAUCUAUAUAACUUUACGAACAUUUCUAAAUCAAGAAUAUAAAUUGCAUAUAAAACUAGAUAAAACAAUUAAUGAAUUAAAAGAAAUAUUUGGUAAACAAGAAAAUAUUGAUCCAAAUAAACUAAUAAUAACAAAAAUUGAUAAUUAUUUUGAUGAACUUGAUAAUAAUCGUACAUUAAAAUCUUAUAACUGUGAUUCAACAAGUAUUCUUAUGAUAUAUCUUCGAAAAUAA